AUGUUGACGGCGGCGGCGUGGAAACUGGGAAUGGAGAGGGGUUUCGGGGCGCCUGACGAGCCUCCAGGACUUCUUCUCCCUCCGCGCCGCCCUCCCGCUGACCCCGUCCAACCUCGCCUCCCAGGCGCCACUCCUCCUCGUCCCCCAGGCGGCUACCGCACCCCAUGCCCUCUUCCACCUCACCCUCGGUCGUAUCCACCUCUUCCGCCGCCCCCGCGCGCGCCUCACCCACUUCCACUCCCUCGGCUGCCGCCUCGCGUUGUACAACCGCCGCGAGCUCCACAUCGUCCACCUCCUCACUGGCGAGCAGACCCGCCUCCCCACCGCCCCACACGACUUCAGCCGCGUCCUCCUCUCCGGCGACCUCGUCCUCACCUGGAUGCACUUCGGCCGCGCACCGUCCAGUACUGCCGCCUCGGGGCCACUGAGUGGCGCGUGGCGUCAAUCAGCAAACCCUACCGCUUUGAUGAAUCGAUCUUUGUGAAUGGCACCCUCAACGCGGUGGUUGCCCCAGGUUACCGUCCCGCCGUUGUCGAGCUGCCAGACAACAACAGCAACAGCUCGGUGGAAUUGGCGUUUCUCGGAGGCGAAUUGGAUCCACAGGCUCUGCAUCCGCACGAGGCACCGGUGUUGUACUUGUACCUUGCAGAGUGCCGCGGUGAGCUGAUACUCAUUAGCGCCGCGGGGCUCCAUCAACGGGUGUACCAUGCUUUCCGGUGGAACAAUGGGGAGGCGAAAUGGGUGAGGAUUACUAGCCUUGGUGGAUGCACGCUGUUCUUUGCGCAUUAUCGUUUUGCAGGGUGCCUUGGUCCUGAUCAUCCAGGGAUCAGAGGGGACUGCAUAUACUUCACACAGAAGGAAGGUCGUUGGUGCGAGUAUUCCUUGGUUGAUGGGUCUUCUGAUGAAUUUGUUCCUGACUACCCAGGAGGAAUAGUGAUGUCUGGUUUUAGUGCACCGACUUGGGUUUUUCCGAGCAGGUGUUAGUGAGCUCAAAUAAGUUUGGAGCUGAAGAGAAGUUCUUGUCCAAAGGUAACAUAUGAGCCCUUAGUUACCUGUUGCAUAUCGCAAAUGUUGUUGGACUGCUUACUUAGCUACUUCCUUGUUGAACUGUUGACACCAAUACUUGGAGAUUUCACUGCGCGCAACUUGAUGA